AUCUCCCUGUUUGUUCUGAGUAGAUCAUCUCCUCUCGUCAGCCUGCUAGACAGCAUAGCGGUCGAAGAGGGGGAGGUGUAACGCAGCAUUCUGUGGAGCGGGGAAACCGACGGACGAGAAUCAAUGAAGGUGCAUGAAAAAAUAAAAUAGACGGCGGUGGCUCAAGACAUCACAACACCCAAAUAGCGGUUACGAGGGUGAAAAGCGUUGAUAAGAGACCUGUUUAAGGGGUGAACGCUCACUCAUUCAGCUGUACAUUCAGAAAGGGCACACCGUUCCUUUGCAAAGAUGGGUAACCGAGGUAUGGAGGAUCUUAUUCCUCUAGUGAACCGAAUGCAGGAUGCCUUCUCCGCUAUCGGACAAAAUGCCAACCUGGACCUCCCUCAGAUCGCUGUGGUCGGUGGCCAGAGUGCCGGAAAGAGCUCGGUGCUGGAGAACUUCGUGGGGAAGGACUUCCUGCCUCGUGGCUCUGGCAUCGUCACCCGCCGCCCCCUGGUCCUUCAGCUGAUCCACUGCCCCACAGAGUAUGCUGAGUUCCUGCACUGUAAGGGGAAGAAGUUCACGGACUUCGACGAGGUGCGGCAGGAGAUCGAGGCGGAGACGGACCGGGUCACCGGGCAGAACAAGGGCAUCUCCCCGGUGCCAAUCAACCUGCGGGUCUACUCUCCGAACGUCUUGAACCUGACUCUUGUGGACUUGCCGGGGAUGACCAAAGUGCCAGUGGGGGACCAACCCGCCGAUAUCGAGCACCAGAUCAGGGAGAUGCUGAUGCAGUUUGUGACCAAGGAGAACUGCCUGCUGCUGGCCGUGUCUCCCGCCAACUCAGAUCUCGCCAACUCCGACGCCCUCAAGAUCGCCAAAGAAGUGGACCAGCAAGGUCAGCGCACUAUCGGUGUGAUCACUAAGCUGGACCUGAUGGACGAGGGGACAGACGCUCGGGAAAUCCUGGAGAACAAGCUGCUGCCGCUGCGCAGAGGGUACAUCGGGGUGGUGAACCGGAGUCAGAAGGACAUCGAUGGGAAGAAGGACAUCGGUGCCGCCAUCGCGGCCGAGAGGAAGUUCUUCCUGUCCCACCCGAGCUACAGGCACCUGGCCGAUCGCAUGGGCACGCCCUACCUACAGAAAGUGCUUAACCAGCAACUGACCAAUCACAUCCGUGACACGCUGCCAGGGCUCCGUGCCAAGCUGCAGAGCCAGCUGCUGUCCAUUGAGAAGGAGGUGGAGGAGUACAAGCACUUCCGCCCCGACGACCCGUCCCGCAAGACCAAGGCCCUGCUGCAGAUGGUGCAGCAGUUUUCGGUGGAUUUUGAGAAGCGCAUCGAGGGGUCGGGGGACCAGAUCGACACCUACGAGCUGUCGGGCGGGGCCAGGAUCAACCGUAUCUUCCACGAGCGCUUCCCCUUCGAGCUGGUCAAGAUGGAGUUUAAUGAGAAGGAGCUUCGCAAGGAGAUCAGCUACGCCAUCAAGAACAUUCAUGGAAUCAGGACAGGCUUGUUUACCCCAGACUUGGCCUUUGAAGCCAUAGUGAAAAAACAGAUCCAAAAAGUGAAGGAGCCGUGCUUGAAGUGUAUAGAUAUGGUCGUGAGCGAGCUCACCUCCACCAUCCGAAAGUGUAGCGAGAAGCUGGCCCAGUACCCCAUGCUGAGAGAGGAGAUGGAGAGGAUUGUGACGCAACACAUCAGAGACCGCGAGAGUCGCACCAAGGACCAGGUGAUGCUGCUGAUUGACAUUGAGCUGGCCUACAUGAACACCAAUCAUGAGGAUUUCAUCGGGUUUGCCAAUGCUCAGCAGAGGAGCAGCCAGAUGAGUAAGAAGAAGGCCGCCGGGAAUCAGGAUGAGAUAAUGGUCAUCCGGAAGGGCUGGCUGACCAUCAACAACAUCGGCAUCAUGAAGGGUGGAGCCAAGGAGUACUGGUUUGUCCUGACGGCUGAAUCCCUGUCCUGGUACAAGGACGACGAGGAAAAGGAGAAGAAGUACAUGCUGCAAGUCGAUAAUCUGAAACUGAGGGAUGUGGAGAAAGGCUUCAUGUCCAGCAAGCACAUCUUCGCCCUGUUCAACACCGAGCAGAGGAACGUGUACAAGGACUACCGCCAGCUGGAGCUGGCCUGCGAGUCGCAGGAGGAGGUGGACGGCUGGAAGGCCUCCUUCAUGCGUGCCGGCGUUUACCCAGAACGCAUCACGGAAAAAGAGAAGCAGAGCGACACCGGAGAGGAGAACGGCUCCGAUGGCUUCAUGCACUCCAUGGACCCCCAGCUGGAGCGGCAGGUGGAGACCAUCCGCAACCUGGUGGACUCCUACAUGGCCAUCGUCAACAAGACCGUGCGCGACCUCAUGCCCAAGACCAUCAUGCACCUGAUGAUCAACAACACGAAGGACUUCAUAAACGCGGAGCUGCUGGCGAACCUGUACUCGUGCGGGGACCAGAACUCGCUGAUGGAGGAGUCGGCGGAGCAGGCGCAGCACCGGGAGGAGAUGCUGAGGAUGUACCACGCCCUGCGCGAGGCGCUCAGCAUCAUCGGCGACAUCAGCACCACCACCAUCUCCACCACGCUGCCGCCGCCCGUCGACGACUCCUGGCUGCAGGUGGCCGGCGGCCCGUCCGGACGCAGGUCCCCAGCCACCAGCCCCACCCCGCAGCGCAGGGCCCCCCCUCCGGGACCUCCCUCCCGGCCUGGAUCCCGAGGCUCCGCCCCUGGACUCCCCCCUGCCGGGGGCCCGCCCGUGCCCUCCCGCCCCGGGGCGUCCCCGGACCCGUUCGGAGGGCCGCCCCCCCAGGUCCCCUCCCGGCCGAACCGCGCCCCCCCAGGCGUGCCCAAAAUUACAAUCAGUGACCAAUGAGGACUAACGCUACUGUCGGAGGGCACCAGCCUCACCAACCCGACCCGGCAGGCCCACUGACUCCUCCCUCCUUGACCUUUAACCCCGGGCUGGCCUCACCCACCUCCCUCACCCUGUGACUGGCUCUGAUCAUGGAUACAGUCCUCCUGCGCCCCCACUCCACGCCCACCCAACACCCCCCACUCCCACCUCCACCCUACACCCCCAACUCCUCCCACGCCCACCCUACACCUCCCACUCCAAACCCCACCCUAUACCCCCCCACACACACAUACCUACCCCUCCAUCUUCCUCUUCCACCCUCUCUUCCUCUCCCACUAAUUGCUACACUGUUCCUGAUGAAAACAUAGUUUACACACUGGUACAAACACACGCACACACACACAAUCGGACACCUAAUGCCACGUACCUACAUGCAGAUGUGUUUGCAUAUCAACACAGGCAGCAUAUACAUUAUGAAUAUGGAGAUACACACAGUAUAGAGAUUACAGCAAGGGAACUGGGAUGAUUAAGCAGUGAUAAUGAUGUCAGCAGCUUGCUUUCCCAUAGGCCAGCGUAUUGUAGCAUUGCACAAACCAGCCUCUUCUCUGCUCAUCUUAGUCUUUGUUCGGUUAUGGGUUAUUAAUAUUCUGUCCUGUAAAGGGGCUUAAGACACUCAGUGUGCAGAAAUAUUCAAUAUCAAGAUGUCCUCCUGUGACUCACAUGACCCGGUAGCCAUGGUAACCACCGUAAAACACACUGUAGUGGGCGUGAGUUCACAGCCUGUUUGUGCUAUUGCACAGGGAGAGGUGCACCAUCGCUGCAGGUGUCAGGUGCCUGUCCAUGCACCCCCUACCCCAUGCCCCCCCCCCCCCGCCCCCCCCCAUCCCCACAGGUGCGGUCUCUGAUCGGACUGGGGUUCAGAUGGAUAACCCCGCCCCUCAAACCCGUAUUUGCCCUUCCAUAGUCCCACCAGCUUCAUCACUAUGUGUAUACUGUUUAUCCUAUGGGGAUCCAAACCACCGUUAGCCCCUCCCCCCCCCCGCCUCCACCCCCCAAACUGGAUCUACAUUAUUUUGGGAAGCUAUUUAGGGAAAUGGUGAAUAAACACACAUACAUUUACAUUGACUCACACAUGCAGGCACACACACACACACACGCACAUGCACACACACAUGCACAGGCACAUGCACACACACAUGCACACACACAUGCACACACACAUGCACACACACACACGGGCUCCUGAUACGCUCAUAUCCAGCCUCUGGAUUGGUGGGAGCGAGAGUGAAAGAGAGGAGGACAAGAGGAAAGAAAGAAAGGAGAUGGGGAAGGGUUAGGGGUAGAUGAAGAAAGGAAUGCCAUGCCUCUCUGCUUUCUGUAAUUCAUGCUUUUUCUUUUUCGGCUCCCUCCAUCCCUCCAUAUGGAAUGCCAGGUGUGCUUUCCCUGUUCAUCCCCCAUGCAUUCCAGCUGCCUAACCCUAACCCCCCCCCCCCCAGCAUCUCCCCAGCUCAGCAGUUUUCCGGAGAUGCGUUAUCAGUGGCGGUGGUGAUGCGUUGCCCGUGGCGACGGUGAUGCGUUACCCGUGGCGACGGUGGCGUUUGGGACGGUCGAUAACUGCAUCUCUCAGGCGCUCCGCCGUUGUCUUGAUUUGCUUUAUUUUCGUUUGGAUCAGUUCUGUCCUCCAGAGUCAUGGGCCAGACCAGCAAGCCUGCAGACGCACACGGUCAACAGUCAGCGUACGCCACACCGCAGACGUGUAAUUACAAACACACACGUACAGAUCUGUGAAUGUCUCGUCACGACCUGUUCACAGAAUCAAAGCAAUAAAUUCAAACACGGAUACAAAAGGGCUUUCUUAUUGUGUGGCCCUGCUUUGGGGGGACCCUAAAUCCGCCAACCUGCCUGUUUCUCGGGUGACGUUUGAGGUGGUGGCGGUCGACGGCCCUGUUGACUUCGAAGGAAGGGCCCCCUGCUUUCUCACCUGUGGAUGCCAUCUACCUGCUUUGUCUUAUUUUAUCAUUUUCACUUCUUUUUCUUCUUUUCCCCCCUUUUUCUUUUCUCAGCCGGCCGAGCAAGGGCAGCCCGUCCCGCCCGGAGAGCCCCCUUCCACCGUUCGACUCAUAACCGCCCCCCCCCCCCAUCCAAACCUCCCCCCUCCUCCCCCUCUCUAUCAAGCUCCCUCCAUCUUUCCUGCCCUUCAUCCAUGAAAAUUGAGUCCCAUCACGCACUGAGAGAGAGAAGAACAGACGGGCGGCCCUCAGGGGGAAAAGAACAUAAAGAAAAAAAAAGAAGAAACAGCCCUUCAGAAAGCCUUCCCUCGUCCGGGCGACGGGCACAGAGAGAACGGCAUCGCCGCAGUGGGUUCCAAAUCCCCGGGGAAGGGGGGGGGGGGGGUGGAUGAGGUGCCCCCGUUUGGUGUCUGCCUGCCCCUGUCCCACCUCUGAGCCCCCCCGUCCCACCCCAAACCCGUCGCUCUUAGUCAGGAUGCCACAAAAGAAAAGACGCGGUGUGCUGUUUCCUCCCUGCAUUCGCGCUCAUUAAAUAUCCUGAGCUAAACUGUGUUGUUUAAUUGUAGACUGUGACCCCCCCCCCCCCCUCGUGCAGUGGAUCAUGAAACCCUGCCACUCCCCCUGCAGCUCUGACCAUUUGCUUCUGCUGGAAUUGUCGAUUCCCCUGCUGGAACUGUACCCCAGACUACCCCUAAUAACCAGUUGUGCCCGCACCCCCGAGUCGCCCCAUUUUUCACCAGUGAAACAGUAUCUUUGAGAGGCAGGCUCUGUACAGGAAGUGUAACCUGAGAGGCAGGGUCUGUGCAGGAAGUGUAACCUGAGAGGUGGGGCCUGUACAGGAAAUGUAAUUUGAGGGGCGGGGCCUGUACAGGAAGUGUAAUCUGAGGGGCAGGGCCUGUACAGGAAGUGUAAAAUCUUAUCUGGGGGGCUCUGGUGACGGGACAUGCAUGCACUGUACACGCAACGGGGGGGGGGAUGGGGGUAGUACAGUCUCAGUCUCGCAUGAGUACAUCCUUUAGACUGAACUUUACUGGGGACAUUUUUCGUUUUCAUUUUUAAUAAUUGUUCUAUGUUCUCAUUUGAAUUUGGGGAUGACUGACAUUAUCAGGUCAAAAAAAAUCAGUGCUUGUCUAUGCAGGAAAAGCUAUAAUCCUUAGUUUUACUCUCUUGUCAUCCCUUCUUCUGUGGAUAUUCCCGAUGAUGUGAGUUAAAUCUCUGUCCACAUGUGGACGCUCUUGUCUUUGUGGUUGUUGUUCGAUGACCUGUUUGUUGUAGUUAACGUCAGGCAUGGUGAUUUUCCGACAGUGAACUAUCGUAAGCUAAACACCUUGUUUCUGUAACAUUCUCACCUGUGCUCAAAUACAUGCAUACAUAUACACACACACACACACACACACCACUAAAAGAACCACCACCAACCUGGUUUUAGCAACAAUAUUUACAAAAUGUAUGUAUAAUUAUGAUUUAAGAGUAAAUAGAUUAUCACGGACAUAUCUUAAAUGUGAUGUAAUAUCCUUGUGGUGCAUAUAUGGAAAUUGUGCUUCCACGGUUUAGAGUUUAGCCAACAUGCAAGAUAAAUGAAUAUUAAAUUAUUACAAAAAAAGUGAUUGAAUAAAUGUAAAAAAAAAAAAAAUUCAAUGUAUCAUAAAAAAUAAAAAAAUGCAGCUGGAUAAAUUAUCAUCGUAUAUAAAUGACACGGGAUUUAUUUUCGGUCGAUGUAUUAUAAAUGUCAGAUGACUGUUAUGAGAGUAGGAAGUAGAGGAGGGAAGGCUCCGCCUCCUUAGGCGGGCAGAGUGAAUGUGACUACUUCCGCCUGCUGUGAUGCGUUUCCUGUACAUUUCUGCUGUUGGUUGAAUGCGUGUGUUGAACAGGACUGUGCUGUUGUCCAGAGAUAUAAAGUCAGUGUACCAACA